AUGGGGGGGUCAUGGGGGUUAUCGGUGCUUAUGAACGAUGAACCCAAAGAUAAAGCAAAACAAAGAGACCAGAGUUUGUCCAAUCCCAGACCAAACCCAGACCAGAACCAGGACUUUAAAAACCAAGAACCAGCCAACUCCAUUCAUCUCUGCAGUGCAGGGGGCGCCCCUACGGACAGACCACAGCGUUACACACACACGGCCUGCAGGGGGCGCCCCUACGGACAGACCACAGCGUUACACACACACGGCCAGCAGGGGGCGCCCCUACGGACAGACCACAGCGUUACACACACACACAGCCAGCAGGGGGCGCCCCUACGGACAGACCACAGCGUUACACACACACGGCCAGCAGGGGGCGCCCCUACGGACAGACCACAGCGUUACACACACACGGCCAGCAGGGGGCGCCCCUACGGACAGACCACAGCGUUACACACACACACGGCCAGCAGGGGGCGCCCCUACGGACAGACCACAGCGUUACACACACAGGCCAGCAGGGGGCGCCCCUACGGACAGACCACAGCGUUACACACACACACGGCCAGCAGGGGGCGCCCCUACGGACAGACCACAGCGUUACACACACACACGGCCAGCAGGGGGCGCCCCUACGGACAGACCACAGCGUUACACACACACGGCCAGCAGGGGGCGCCCCUACGGACAGACCACAGCGUUACACACACACACGGCCAGCAGGGGGCGCCCCUACGGACAGACCACAGCGUUACACACACACGGCCUGCAGGGGGCGCCCCUACGGACAGACCACAGCGUUACACACACACGGCCAGCAGGGGGCGCCCCUACGGACAGACCACAGCGUUACACACACACGGCCAGCAGGGGGCGCCCCUACGGACAGACCACAGCGUUACACACACACGGCCAGCAGGGGGCGCCCCUACGGACAGACCACAGCGUUACACACACACACAGCCAGCAGGGGGCGCCCCUACGGACAGACCACAGCGUUACACACACACGGCCAGCAGGGGGCGCCCCUACGGACAGACCACAGCGUUACACACACACGGCCAGCAGGGGGCGCCCCUACGGACAGACCACAGCGUUACACACACACACGGCCAGCAGGGGGCGCCCCUACGGACAGACCACAGCGUUACACACACACGGCCAGCAGGGGGCGCCCCUACGGACAGACCACAGCGUUACACACACACACGGCCAGCAGGGGGCGCCCCUACGGACAGACCACAGCGUUACACACACACACGGCCAGCAGGGGGCGCCCCUACGGACAGACCACAGCGUUACACACACACGGCCAGCAGGGGGCGCCCCUACGGACAGACCACAGCGUUACACACACACACGGCCAGCAGGGGGCGCCCCUACGGACAGACCACAGCGUUACACACACACGGCCAGCAGGGGGCGCCCCUACGGACAGACCACAGCGUUACACACACACACGGCCAGCAGGGGGCGCCCCUACGGACAGACCACAGCGUUACACACACACACGGCCAGCAGGGGGCGCCCCUACGGACAGACCACAGCGUUACACACACACGGCCAGCAGGGGGCGCCCCUACGGACAGACCACAGCGUUACACACACACACGGCCAGCAGGGGGCGCCCCUACGGACAGACCACAGCGUUACACACACACACCCAGCAGGGGGCGCCCCUACGGACAGACCACAGCGUUACACACACACACGGCCAGCAGGGGGCGCCCCUACAGACAGACCACAGCGUUACACACACACACGGCCAGCAGGGGGCGCCCCUACGGACAGACCACAGUGUUACACACACACACGGCCAGCAGGGGGCGCCCCUACGGACAGACCACAGCGUUACACACACACACGGCCAGCAGGGGGCGCCCCUACGGACAGACCACAGCGUUACACACACACACGGCCUGCAGGGGGCGCCCCUACGGACAGACCACAGCGUUACACACACACGGCCAGCAGGGGGCGCCCCUACGGACAGACCACAGCGUUACACACACACACGGCCAGCAGGGGGCGCCCCUACGGACAGACCACAGCGUUACACACACACACGGCCAGCAGGGGGCAGCAGGGGGCGCCCUCAGAGCCCUGGCCCCUCCCACUCACGCAUCAUUCACUCACUGGACUCUGCAGGAGGAGGAGGCCUGGCGCAGAUCCGUGUGGGAGAAGAACUUCCGACAAGUGGAGAGCCAUAACCGCGAGGCCGACCUGGGGCUGCAGUCGUACUGGCAGGAGCUCAACCAGUUUGCAGACUGGACUCUUAAGUACUCGUCCAAGAGCCACCCCGGAGCAGAGCACCGCCAUGACAAGCUGCGGAACGACUCGGACGCCGCUCCUCCGUGCAAAGUGCUGCGGCGCUCCGACAGCCCAGACAAGCACAGCGAGACCACGGCACACGGCAGAGGGAAGGUCCACAGCCACCGGGCCAGAGACCGGGACGGAGACCGGGACGGAGACCGGGACGGAGACCGAGCCAGAGACCGGGACGGAGGGACCAGUAACUCACCUCAAGAAAACUCCCACAACCACAGCUCCAACUCUCACACAAACACGAGCAAGACCUCCGACACGCCUCAUGAACCAGGUGACGAUUGGUCCGAACACAUCAGUUCCUCUGGUAAGAAGUACUACUACAACUGCAGGACGGAGGUGUCUCAGUGGGAGAAGCCCAAGGAGUGGCUCGACAGAGAACAAAGACAGAAGGAACCGACAAAGACUGCAGUCGUCAACAGCUUUCCCAAAGACAGAGACUACAGGAGAGAGGCCCUGCAGGCAGCAGCCCCCACCUUCACAGCCAAGCCCCAGGGGGAGAAGGCGUCUGCAGCCCAGUCUUCAUCCUCAGGCUCAGGCAGCUUGAACUCCUCUAGCGCCCCCUCUGGUUCCUCUGCCUCCACGGUCCCCGUGUCCCCAGUGCUCCAGUCCACGACCCCCCCACUCCUGCAGGACCCCAGCCUCCUGCGACAGCUCCUCCCAGCGCUGCAGACGGCUCUGCAGCUCAACAACACCAGUGUGGACAUGGCCAAGAUCAACGAAGUUCUGACGGCCGCGGUCACACAGGCCUCUCUUCAGUCCAUGCUUCAUAAGAUCCUCACGGCCGGACCCUCUGCUUUCAACAUCACCACGAUCCUGUCUCAGGCGGCUCAGCUCUCCAGCCAAGCUGCCCAACAGUCCCAGUCUCCCAUGUCGCUCACGUCAGACGCCUCCUCGCCGCGCUCCUACGUGUCUCCGCGCAUCAGCACGCCACAAACCAACGCUGGACCCCUCAAACCCCUGCUCAACACACAACCUGUGCUGUCCCAGACCAAGGUGAGCUCCUCCACAGUGAAGCAGGCGUCUCACCCCCAGUCUCACCCUCAGUCUCAGCCCCAGUCACACCCCCAGACUCAGCCUCACCCCCAGUCUCACCCCCAGCCUCACCCCCAGUCUCACCCCAGUCUCACCCCCAGUCUCACCCCCAGUCUCACCCCCAGUCUCACCCCCAGUCUCACCCCCAGUCUCACCCCCAGUCCUCACCCCCAGACUCACCCUCAGCCCUCAUCGCAGCCGUCUGCCACCAGCGACAAACAGCACAGCCACGAGGCCUCGAGCUCCUCCCCCCGGACCCUGCAGCGACAGAGCAGUCAGAGGAGUCCUUCCCCAGGGCCUCACCAGGGGCCUCACCAGGGGCCUCACCAGGGGCCUCACCAAGGGCCUCACCAGGGGCCUCACCAGGGGCCUCACCAGGGGCCUCACCAGGGGCCUCACCAAGGCUCCAACAGCACGUCGUCCUGUGGCAGUGGCUCUCGGGGCCCCUGCUCCCUCACCCCCUCCCUCUCUGCACACUUUAACGACAGCCUCAUCAAACAUGUGCAGGGCUGGCCCGCCGAGCACGUGGAGAAACAGGCGUCCAGACUGCGUGAAGAGGCCCACACCAUGGGGAGUAUCUGUCUGUCAGAUAACUGCACAGAACUGAAGAAGCUGCGCUCUCUGGUGCGAGUGUGUGAGGUGCAGGCCACGCUCCGGGAGCAGAGGAUACUGUUUCUGAGACAACAAAUCAAAGAACUGGAGAAGCUGAAGAACCAGAACUCCUUCAUGGUCUGA